AUGGUGCAGGCUAAGGUUAUGGCAGAAUAUGUCAAGAAUAUGAUACGCUUUUUGGAGUAUUGGAGGCCAGAAAAAAACUGGAACGAAGAGUAUCCAGACACGCAAAUGAUACCAUAUUCUGAGUUAAUAGACAUCUUGCCAUCAGAUGUUUGUGACUACUUCAAUAAGUUGGCCUAUGGGACGGAAGAUCCAGGACCAGAAGAAUUCUCUACACAACGUAGGAAAGCUAGCUUAGAGUUUUUGAUAUCUAAGUAUAUGCCACGUAAACGCUUGGAGUGGGAUCCAGUGGAAAUGAAAGGGAAUCCAACUCGUUCUGGAGAGGUAAAUGACUUGCUCAAAGCGAUCGAACGUUUUGAGACAAGAGCGGGCUACAUGGUUUAUGAUGCGACGAAUAUCACAUACAUUAAUCUAAAAUACAACGAAAACCAUCCUGAUGAGGUUUUUCUUGAGAUAACUAGGAGCAAAAACAUUGCUAAGAAAUCUCAGGUGAGUAGACAAGUUGUGCUUGGAUCUCUAGACCCAUAUCUUUGUGCACUAUCAGCACUCACCGCACAUAUCAUUGAUCGACUUCGUGGUCGCUCAACAUUUAGCAACUUAGAUCUCGGAUAUAUGUUCACAUCCACUGGAUCGACUGGGCGAGACGAGAAAUUAAGAACCGAUGUGUCACGCAGUAAAAUCAAAAAUAUUAUCUCUGCCAAAGGAGAGAUAAGUAAACUUGGUACGCAUAGUAUGCGUGAAUGUGUAAUAAGCCGGGCAUCCACAUUAGACUCUAUGUUAUAA